AUGUCCUGGCCACGAUACCAGCUCCUAGAAAUUGGAGACCAAUCCUGGUGUCCUUCUUGGCUUCAUCACCACGAGCAGUUAUCUUUAACGAAGCUUUGGAAUCUGAAGGUCCCGUUUUGGAGCCGGGGGAGCCUCGCGAUACAAGCGUGUGAGGUAUUCAAAGAGCACUUAGAGGAUCCCUCGUCAUAUACGGUGCUUGACAUAUGCGCUGGGUCGGGAGGCCCUACCCCAAUUCUCGAAUCUGAGCUCAACAGAGGACUUGAAGCCCAUGGGAAAGAUCCUGUCCAUUUCAUCUUAUCCGAUCUUUAUCCACACGUCGAAGCGUGGCAGCGAAUCUCGAAGAAACAACAAAACAUAUCAUAUAUUGAGACUCCAGUCGAUGCCCGAGCUGUUUCCAGACUCGGAAAGAAGAAGGAAUGCCGUGUAUUCAAUAUUUGUUUCCAUCACUUCAGUGAUGAAGACGCCGCUGGUAUUUUGAAAAGCGCAGUGGAGUCGGCAGAUGCGUUCGUCAUAUUUGAAAUGACAUCUCGUGAAGUCGGCACCUGUCUUUGCUCCCCUCUGGUGUUCUUCUGGGCCUUCUUUGUGACCCUGGGUUGGUUUUGGAACUCACCCGUCCAUCUUUUCUUUACUUAUAUCCUGCCCGUGGCUCCGUUGACUAUCUGGAUCGAUGGCUUCAUUUCUUGCCUCAGAACCCGCACGAACAAUGAGAUCAGAGGUCUCUUGGACCAGCCAGGACUGGAUCUAAGCAAAUGGACCUUUCAUAGCGGAAGAAGGAACGUACAAUGGCCUCUCAUCAGCUUGCAUUACUAUGUCGGCGUCAAGUCCGGCUAG